AGCGAAGGCCCUCGAAUGGGCGACGCUGCCUUUGCGGCCUACCUGACGUCGACCUACAACCUGCCCGCCAUCAAGGAGCCCAAGACCUAUUCCCUCGACCGUCCGUUGAAUGAGUACUUCAUCUCCAGCUCUCACAACACCUACCUGAUGGGUCGGCAGGUCGCCGGUCUCUCGAGCGUCGAGGGCUACAUCUCUGCGCUCGUCCGCGGCUGCCGUUGUGUGGAGGUCGACUGCUGGGAUGGACCGGAUGGCAACCCCACGGUAAACCAUGGCCGCACGCUCACCACUUCGAUCAGCUUCCAGGAGACCAUGACCACGAUCAACAAGUACGCCUUUAUUGCGACCAAGUACCCUCUCUGGAUCUCCCUCGAGGUUCACUGCAACCCGGCGCAACAGGCUGAGAUGGCUCGCAUCAUCAAGGAGACCUUUGGCGCUCGUCUCGUCACCGCACCCCUGGAUCCAUCCUCGGACAAGUUCCCGUCGCCCGAGCAGCUCAAGGAGCGAGUGCUCAUCAAGGUCAAGCGCCCGCAGCCACCCCCGGAGCCCACCAAGCCGGCCGAGUCGACCGGUCGCCGACGCGGCAACAGCCUGAGUUCGCCGUACCCGAAGCCGGUUCAGCUGGAUAACAGCAUCGUCCCCUCGCAGUCGCUACCUCAGAGCCCCAUCCUGAGUCCGAGCCACUCGUCCCGCCGCCUCGUCAGCAAGAGCCGUGUCAACACCAUCACCGAGGGCGAGGUCCAGGACGCCCUGAGCAGCAGCACGAGCGACAACGACAGUGCCGGCGAGCGCAUGCCCCCUAGACGGUCAUCGAACAAGACGGUCAAGGUGCUGGGAGAUUUGGGUGUGUACUGCGCCGGCCUCAAGUUUGGUGGGUUCGACGCCACUGAGGCCAAGGCGUACAACCACAUCUUUUCCUUCAUGGAGUCGAGCUUCCACAAGAACAGCAGGUCCAAGGAGGAGAAGAGAGCCAUCCAGCUCCACAACAUGCGGUACCUCAUGCGCGUCUACCCCGACCGCACGCGAAUCACGUCCAACAACUUCAACCCGAUCGGCUACUGGCGCAAGGGCGUGCAGAUGGCCGCACUCAACUGGCAGACGUUCGAUCUCGGCAUGCAACUUAACCAGGCCAUGUACGAGAGCGGCACCGACCGAUCCGGCUACGUCUUGAAGCCAAAGGAGCUGCGCGAGAUCAAGGUGAUGCCCCCCGGAUGGGAAGGCCAUCACCGGGAGCGCCAGGAGGUCACCUUCUCCAUUGAUGUCAUCUCGGCGCAGCAGCUUAUGCGCCCCAACGGCAUGCCCAACAACAAGACGGUCGACCCGUACGUCGAGGUGGAAGUGUUCCACUCCAGCGACAAGAGGGACAAGAAGGACACUGACGCCGAGGGCUCGCUUUCGGAUACGCCCCUCAUGUUCCGCACCAAGAUCAAGGCGGGCAACGGCUUCAACCCCAUCUUCAAUGAGAAGUUCACCUUCAAGGUUACGACCAAGUUCCCCGAACUCAUCUUUGUUCGCUGGUCGGUCAAACUCUCACACAACGGCGAGAGCUACAACGACCGUCAGCCCGUGGCGACGCACACUGCCAAGCUCAACGGCCUCAAGCGCGGCUACCGCACUCUCCCCCUGUUCGACCACAAUGGCGAACAGUACCUCUUCUCGACCCUCUUCUGCCGCGUCAACAUCGACUCCGUUCAGACCGUCUUGCUCAGCAACAACGACGACGUGGAAUCUACGGGCACCAGCAAGUCCCGUGGCGUCGGACGCGUCUUUAACACGUUUGGCACUCGAUCCAACAACAUUAGCCCCAAAUCCAGCAUGGAAAAGGCGACCUAG